AUGAAGCCGCUGGAGAAAUUUCUGAAGAAGCAGACAUCGCAGCUGGCGGGCCGAACGGUGGCGGGAGGUCCCGGCGGGGGUCUGGGGAGCUGCGGCGGGCCUGGAGGGGGCGGGGGACCUGGCGGGGGCGGCGGUCCAGCCGGGGGACCGCGGCCGCUGCAGCGGCGUCAGAGCGUGUCUCGCCUGCUGCUCCCAGCUUUCCUCCGGGAGCCCCCAGCCGAGCCGGGGCUGGAGCCGCCCCCUGAGGAGGAAGGGGGAGAGCCAGCGGGGGUCGCGGAGGAGCCGGGCAGCGGGGGGCCCUGUUGGCUGCAGCUAGAGGAAGUGCCGGGGCCCGGGCAGCUCGGGGGAGGGGGGCCCCUGCGCUCCCCUUCCUCGUACUCCUCAGACGAGCUGUCCCCGGGCGAGCCCUUGACUUCGCCGCCCUGGGCCCCCCUGGGCGCCCCCGAGCGGCCGGAGCAUCUUCUGAACCGGGUUCUGGAGAGGCUGGCCGGAGGGGCCACCAGGGACAGCGCCGCCUCAGAUAUCCUGCUGGAUGACAUCGUCCUCACCCAUUCUCUCUUCCUCCCGACUGAGAAAUUUCUGCAGGAGCUACACCAGUACUUUGUUCGGGCAGGAGGCAUGGAGGUCCCUGAGGGGCUGGGCCGGAAGCAGGCCUGUCUAGCCAUGCUUCUCCAUUUCUUGGACACCUACCAGGGGCUGCUGCAGGAGGAAGAGGGAGCCGGCCACAUCAUCAAGGAUCUGUACCUGCUAAUUAUGAAGGAUGAAUCCCUUUACCAGGACCUCCGAGAGGACACUCUGAGGCUGCACCAGCUUGUGGAGACGGUGGAGCUAAAGAUUCCGGAGGAGAACCAGCCACCCAGCAAGCAAGUGAAGCCACUCUUCCGCCACUUCCGCCGGAUAGACUCCUGUUUGCAGACCCGAGUGGCCUUCCGGGGCUCUGAUGAGAUCUUCUGCCGGGUCUACAUGCCUGACCACUCAUAUGUGACCAUACGCAGCCGCCUUUCAGCAUCUGUGCAGGACAUUCUGGGUUCUGUGACGGAGAAACUGCAGUACUCGGAGGAGCCCGCAGGACGUGAGGAAUCCCUCAUCCUGGUCGCUGUGGCCUCCUCCGGAGAGAAGGUCCUUCUCCAGCCGACUGAGGACUGUGUUUUCACCACACUGGGCAUCAACAGCCACCUGUUCGCCUGUACUCGGGACAGCUAUGAGGCCCUGGUGCCCCUCCCGGAGGAGAUCCAGGUCUCCCCUGGAGACACAGAGAUCCACCGAGUGGAGCCUGAGGACAUUGCCAACCACCUUACUGCCUUCCACUGGGAGCUGUUCCGCUGUGUGCACGAGCUGGAGUUCGUGGACUACGUGUUCCACGGGGAGCGCGGCCGCCGGGAGACGGCCAACCUGGAGCUGCUGCUGCAGCGCUGCAGCGAGGUCACGCACUGGGUGGCCACCGAGGUGCUGCUCUGCGAGGCCCCGGGCAAGCGCGCGCAGCUGCUCAAGAAGUUUAUCAAGAUCGCGGCCAUUUGCAAGCAGAACCAGGACCUGCUGUCCUUCUAUGCCGUGGUCAUGGGGCUGGACAACGCCGCCGUCAGCCGCCUGCGGCUCACCUGGGAGAAGCUGCCGGGGAAAUUCAAGAACUUGUUCCGCAAAUUUGAGAACCUGACAGACCCCUGCAGGAACCACAAAAGCUACCGAGAAGUGAUCUCUAAAAUGAAGCCCCCGGUGAUUCCUUUUGUGCCUCUGAUCCUCAAAGACCUGACAUUCCUGCACGAGGGGAGUAAGACCCUUGUGGAUGGUUUGGUGAACAUUGAGAAGCUGCAUUCAGUGGCUGAAAAAGUGAGGACAAUCCGCAAAUACCGGAGCCGGCCGCUUUGCCUGGACAUGGAGGCAUCCCCUCAUCACCUGCAGACCAAGGCCUACGUGCGCCAGUUCCAGGUCAUCGACAACCAGAACCUCCUCUUCGAGCUCUCCUACAAGCUGGAGGCAAAUAGUCAGUGAGAGGGGAGGUUCUGGUCAGCCCCUACCAGGGUCUUUGGGCACCUGGCACUCAAGCACUUUGUACGAUGUCCUAACCCACAUCUGACAUCUUUCCCCUGGAGUAACUUCCCACCCCACGGGGAAGAGCUGGAUGGACUUACCCCUGGACUCGUGAGCCUGUUCAUCCUGCUGACAUCCUCUCCCUAUUGCUCCUUCAAGCCAAAACCACACUUUGCUGGUUCCUGCCCUCUCUGGGAAAUGGGGCAGAGAUCCUCUGCCCCUCCCACCCAUGGAGUUUCCAACUUCGUCGUCUUCCCAAGCAGGAAAGAAAGCUGCCCACCCUCUCAUCUUUUUUUUUUCUUUUUGGAGACAGAGUCUUGCUCUGUUGCCCGGGCUAGAGUCCCAUGGCAUCAC